AUGAAGCUCACCGUUAAGACUCUCAAGGGAAACCAUUUUGAAAUUAAGGCUCUGCCCACCGACACGAUAAUGGCGGUGAAGAAGAACAUUGAAGAUUCACAAAGCAAAGACAACUAUCCAUGUGGGCAACAGUUGUUGAUUCACAAUGGGAAGGUUUUGAAAGAUGAAACUACAUUGGUGGAGAACAAAGUUACCGAGGAGGGUUUUCUUGUGGUCAUGCUUAGCAAGAGCAAAACUGCAAGUUCAGCUGGUCCGUCUUCUGCUCAGCCUACUUCCAUCACUACAUCUACCACAUCGUCAACUACGCUUGCAUCAAUCGACCAGCCUGCAGCUCUGUCAACAACCCAGUCUGUAGCUGUGCCAGCUUCAAAUUCUACUCCCGCUCAAGAACAACUGGCGGCACAAAGUGACACCUAUGGUCAAGCUGCUUCAACUUUAGUUAGUGGCAGUAGUGUUGCGCAAAUGGUUCAAGAAAUAAUGGAUAUGGGAGGGGGCAGCUGGGACAAAGAAACAGUUACUCGUGCACUUCGUGCAGCGUAUAACAACCCUGAGAGAGCAGUGGAUUAUCUAUAUUCUGGAAUUCCUGAAACAGUAGCCGUUCCAGUAACUAACAUAUCGGGAGUAGGAUCUGGCGCAGACCUUGUCGCACCUCCUGCCUCUGGAGGACCUAAUUCAUCUCCUUUGGAUUUGUUUCCACAGGAAGCAGUGUCUGAUGCUGGUGCUGGAGAUCUAGGAACGCUUGAAUUCCUUAGAAGCAAUGAUCAGUUCCAACAAUUACGCUCCAUGGUUAAUUCCAACCCCCAGAUUCUGCAGCCUAUGCUUCAAGAGCUCGGAAAGCAGAACCCCCAACUUCUGAGGCUAAUUCAAGAGAACCAAGCAGAAUUUCUUCAGUUACUAAACGAGCCCUAUGAAGGAUCUGACGGGGAUAUGGAUAUUUUUGAUCAAGCUGAUCAAGAAAUGCCCCACGCAGUCAACGUUACCCCUGCAGAGCAAGAAGCGAUUCAACGGCUUGAGGCAAUGGGAUUUGAUAGAGCAUUAGUCAUAGAAGCCUUCCUUGCGUGUGACCGUAACGAAGAAUUGGCUGCAAACUAUCUGCUAGAGAACUCAGCUGAUUUUGAAGACUGA